AUGAUUGGAGACACGCAUAUCCUAUUUCCUGCUACUCUGCGAAUGAGCCUCGCAACGCCGCGACUGGUACCUAUCGGGUGCACCCCUUUGAUGUUGUACGCAUUCUCAGAGCUGGACACGGUGAUCGGUUGUGUGAGCACAACAGCGGCGACCUCGACAACGAAUAGGGCCAACGUAAUUCCAACGACGACAAGGGAGGCAAGGGUCUGUUGUCGGGAAGUUAUUUGA